AUGAGUCAAGCUCCAAAGUGGUACCAAUCGGAAGACGUUGCCGUCCCAAGACAGUCUAGAAAGACUUCACGUCCACAAAAGUUGCGUGCUUCAUUAGUUCCAGGUACAGUCUUGAUCUUGUUAGCCGGAAGAUUCAGAGGAAAGAGAGUUGUUUACUUGAAGAACUUGGAAGACAACACAUUAUUGGUUUCAGGACCAUUCAAGGUUAAUGGUGUCCCAUUGAGAAGAGUUAACGCCAGAUACGUUAUUGCCACAUCCACCAAGGUCAACAUCGAAGGUGUCGAUGUCUCUAAAUUCAACGUUGAAUACUUUGCUAGAGAACAAAAGCCAAAGUCCAAGAAAUCCGAAGCUGAGUUCUUCAACGAAGCUCCAGCCAAGAAGGAGAUUAAGGGCGAAAGAGUUGCUGACCAAAAGUCAGUUGAUGCUGCUUUGCUCAGUGAAAUCAAGAAGACCCCAUUGUUGAAACAAUACUUGGCUGCUUCAUUCUCAUUGAAGAGCGGUGACAGACCACACUUGUUGAAGUUUUAA